UCGCCGCCGUCCGCACCGGCAUCAGCCGACAGCGGCUGGCGGCACUCGCUCGGCCAAAGCAGGCGGCGCAGAAGCCGCCGUCGCCAAAGCAGGCGCGCGUCGUGAAGCCGGUGCAGCGCCGCCCUCCGGCGGUGGCGCCGUCUGUCGGUGGCUCGCUGGCGCCGCCUGCCGGCCCGGCCGGCACCCUGCGCAGAUCGCUGAGCACCAUGCACCGGUCGCGCUCGGUGAACCCGGCCGCAGCCAUGCACCGCGCCCGGACCUCCUCCAUGGCGCUGGAGACUGUUCCAUCCGGCGACGGGGACGCGGCGGCCGCAGCACCCUGUGCCCGCGUCUGGCGCCACGCCCGGACGCUCUCUGCGCCCCACUGGAGCCACGCCGGUCCGCUCGACCACCAAGGGCGGCGUCGCCUGGUCGGUGGACGGCUCGGCUCGGCCCGCACGAGAGUCGUCCGCGCCCACGCCGGCCCGCUCGGCCGCUAAGGGCGGCGUCGCCUGGUCGGUGUCUACUCCGAGCGGCUCCGGCCGUGCGAACGCCACGCCGUCGGCGCAGACCCUGCAGCAGCGGCUGGAGCAGUGGCUGGCCCGCCGGGGCAAGCAGCUUACCUCAUUCAGACACCUGCACUGCUUCGGCCGGGAGGUGGCCGAGUCGCUGCAGACGCCACGGCUCUCCGCCCGCCGGGUGCAGCGUGACCCCGGUUCUCCUCUGCUGCGGGCGGCGACGCCUCGUGUCGCCAACACGACGCAGACGACACCGGUCUUCGAAGCUGCGGCACCUAUGCCGGCGGUGGCCAAGACUCCGGAGACGUGGCCGCCGCCGGAGGCCAAGCCGGCCGGCGGGGACGGCGCCGGCGGCCACAAGGUGGACAACGUGCUGUCCGACCUGAAGGAACUACAGGAGCUGGGUCUGCCGUCGGACCAGGUCGUCAGCUGGCUGGAGCGGCUGUCCCGUGACCCGGCGUCGGCCGGCCGGGCCCGGUUCUGGCUGUGCCGCGCCUCCGUGGCCGAGCGGGACGGCCAGCUGGAUGAGGUGCUCGACUGCUUCAGGCAGGCGUCGCGCGCCCACGCAGAGCCGGUGGCGGAGCUGAUCUCAGGCCUGGAGCAGUUUGUGCGCCGCGCCGCCGGCCCCGACGCGGGCGAAGAGGCGGACGCCGAGAACCGACCCCCGGCAGCGGCGGCUGGCACCCCGGCCCGCCGCCGCCGCGACGGUCGCACGCCCCGCCGCCCGCUGCUCGACCGCAGCAACGUGUUCGACUCGACCGUCAUCAAGUACGCGCUGGUCGACGACGAGCCCGUGCUGAAAAAGCUGGCGGCUUUGCGGGUGGGCGAGGACAGCACCAUCCUCUCCGUCAUCACGCCCGUGCGCCGCUCCACGCGCCGCAAGUCGCUGAAGCCUCCUGCCAACGCCCAUCUGGCGCUCUUCGACUCGGUGGAGGCCAUCUCCGAGACGCUGCGCCGCUCGGCGCUCUUCCGCAAGAACAGCGCCCUCAUCAGCCCGUAGGCAGCGACUAUGCGGGGGAGCGUUGGUCCGCAGCGGUGGCGAGGGCUAGCGGGCAAUGUGCCACCCCCCCCCCCCCCCCCCCUCCGAGCGAGAGAGCAACGGGCUUGGUGAAGGCAGCAGAUAGUGGGGCGAGUGUGGGCCGCUACUCGUGUCGUCAGCGGACCCGAAGAAGAGCGGCGUGAUCGUGCUGGUUGAAAGGACUGGGGGUGGGAGGAGCCAGGCAGCGCUGAGGCGUGUGGGGGCUGGGGGUGGAACAGCCCCUCUGCUCUGGAAGAUGUGCGGAAAGAAGUCAUGUGUGGCUGAUGAGCCUGGUCCAGCGAAUGCAGAUUCGGGUGGCAACUGUGUGGGCCGUUAGCGUGAAUGUGAUCUGUUAGAGGCGCAAACCAUAAUUCGUCCGUAGGCUCACGAACGUGCUCUGCCGAGCCAGGCCUCGUCUUAGUGCCGGAGUGUUGGAACGCUUGCGUUUUAUAAGCUGAAAAAUCGACUCCCCGCUGCAAGUUGUAUGCUUGGGAGUGCACCGCCUUAUAGUAUAGCAACGUUGGUGCGCUUGUAGUGUCUGGUUAAAUCACGCUAUGAUGGAAACGCCGCGUCACGCCAUUACGGGAUUGCGAAAUUGGUAGUAAAUGGUGCCUGAUGGAGCAGUUAUCCCCUGAGCUUUUCAUGAAUGUAGCUCUUCCGCGUCUGUCACUGUCGAAUGUACGCAAUGCGUGCUGAUCACGCCAAUAAACGUCAUCUUAA